CUCCGCCCCUCUCCCUCCCUUUCUCCCUCCCUUCCUCCCUCCCUCUUCGGCUGGGCCUGGGGGUCCGGGCCAGCAACCAGCAGACAUGGGCCAAGGAGCCCGAGGCUGCCCAGAGGCCGGGGGUCCGUGAGCCGCUGUGGAGGCCGGGGACACAGGGUCGCCAUGGGGAUAGCCACCCUGGGCCUCCUCUGCGUGGUGCUCCCACUUCCUCUCCUGGUGUUUGGGGUCCCCACCGAGGAGCCCUCCUCUAGGGAGGCCGUGGCAUCCGGUCCCCAUGGGUACUGUCAACGGUGCUGUGACUCUGAGUCUGAGGACCCCCUGGCCCCCGCCGAUGCUGCAGAUGUGUCCUCCGCCUCUCCACCUGGCCUCCCAUACGUGCUGCCUGAGGUCAGGCCGUACAUAAACAUCACCAUCCUGAAGGGUGACAAAGGGGACCGAGGCCUGCUGGGCGCGCCGGGGAAGCUGGGCAGGGAGGGACCCCGGGGGGAGCGCGGCCCGCAGGGCGGCAAGGGCGCCAAGGGGCAGGCGGGCAGCCCCGGCGGCCCGUGCCAGACGCGCUUCUCAGCCUUCUCCGUGGGCCGCAAGACGGCUCUGCACAGCAGCGAGGGCUUCCAGCCGCUGCUCUUCGACACCGUCUUCGUGAACCCCGACGGGCACUUCGACCUGGCCGCCGGCCACUUCGUUGCCCCCCUGCGCGGCCUCUACUUCUUCAGCCUCAACGUCCACAGCUGGAACUUCAAGGAGACGUACGUCCACGUGAUGCACAACGAGGAGGCGGCCGUCAUCCUGUACGCGCAGCCCAGCGACCGCAGCAUCAUGCAGAGCCAGAGCGUGAUGCUGGCGCUGGCGCCCGGGGACCGCGUCUGGGCGCGCCUCUUCAAGCGCGAGCGGGAGAACGCCGUCUACAGCGACGACGUGGACACCUACAUCACCUUCAGCGGCCACCUCAUCAAGCCCGAGGAUGACUAGUGGCCCCCGCAGGGUAGCCCAGGCCCCGGGUUGGGGGGUGUGGUCAGGGCCUCUGUUUGCACCUCCGGAAAGGGGGCCCAGGGCCUGGCACUCCGCGUGGUCUUCUGCUUCUCUCCUUCCCUCCCUCACCUCUCUGUCCUCUCUUGAACAUAUUUUAAGAAGCCCUCUAACCUGAAUAUUCUAGAGUUUUCCCAGCCUUUUAGACCAGAACUUCUUGUGUUUGAAUCCCUUGCAGAUUCUGAUUCUGAUUCUGGAGUGGGCCCGGGGUUCUGCACGUCCAGUCUGUUCCUGGGUGAUGCUCAUGCUGCGGGUGUGUGGUCCCCACCUGAGUGACCAGAUUCGAGAACUUCCACAACAUUCUUAUACUUUCUAAACAUUCUGGAGUCCUCCCAACAUUCUAGACUCUUCCCAACAUCCUUCAGUUCUCUCUCAUCCGUCCAGGACUCCCCCUCCCCUGUUCUCCUGCUCCUUCCACCUUCUCUGUCACUCUGUGCACCCCACCCACGCAGCUGCUGUUCACUCAUUCAUUCAUCAAAUGCUCACCGAGCGCUCACUCUGUGUCAGGCUCUGGGAAAGCCAAGGUGACUCAGACACAGGCCCUGGCCUUGGUGAGCGCCCAGACCAGCCAGGGUGGGGAGACACAGGAUUGGGCAACCAGACCCAGAUAAAUGCAUGGGGGUCUUAUCACACAAGUCUGUGUCUGGGCCUUCAGGCACUGUGGCUCCUUGUUGCCCACAGCCCCCCAAGGUGGGAUAGAGUCCCCUCGGUGGGUAUUCUUACCCUUGCCCAUUCCUUUCCUUCCUGACCAAAUGCCCUUCAUUAAAGCAAACCCCAGAGGAGCCUUGGUCAGGGCAAAGGUGCUAUGAAGGGAGGAUCCAGGGGCUUGGGGCAGUUGGGGGUAAAGAGACCCUUGGGGAAGGGAGCCCAGACCCAUAGCUCCCCACACACCUGGUACAGUAACGUGCGAGGAACCCAUUCUCCUCACACAUCCCCUUCCCUGUCCCGUCAGCCCCUCCCCGUUCAAGGCACCUGGGCCUCAGUUCUCCCAGGCUGCCAGCCACCAUCAGAUAUUGGCGUUUGGCCCCCAGGUGCUGUCUGACCCUCCUUGGCCCCUCUCGCCAGCCCAGCGUCCCUGGCUUCCCAGGCUUGGCUCAGGGGCUGAGGCUCCAGUUGGCAGCUCCCACCAGGGAGCCCAAUGCUGCCUUUACGUGCCACCGGGUGAUGGGCCAAGCUUUGGACCCCUCAGCAGGUCUAGGGAACUGAAGCGGGCACCAUCCCAGGUCAGUCGGGGGGAACUUCCUCUGAGCCGUGAUGCCAAGACAGGCACGGGGAGAGACCAGGGCCCCCAAUCAGGGACAUGGGCUUUCUUGUCCUUUCUCCCUCUUGCAGGCUGGGGCAGCCUGGUGGUCUCUAGCCUUCCUCUCCCCAAUCCCAGGCGGCCUGAACCUCUCUCCAGAGGGAGAUGGCCUCCACCCAUUGGUGCUUAUGCAAACUCCAGGGCAGAGGUGGCCCUGGCGGUGGUCUCUGGUGCUCACUCAUAGCUGACAGAUUCAUGGCUAAACGGCUGGGGGCUGGCAGCAGGACCUGACCAAGUGCCGUGAAGGCUGGUGCUACACAGCCACCCCUAGCCUGACUUCGCCCCUGCCCUGCUUGUCCAGAGCAAUUAAAGUUUGUGUGUCUUUUUGGCAA